GUGAAUGCUCUUGAUGAAAUUGCAAGGCACUUUAAUUUGGAGAAAGAGUAGAUGGCUGAUCCUUGUCUACCACAAAAAUACCGUUGGGAUUGGGUGGAUUGCAAUCAGGACUCCUCACCAAGUAUUAUUGCUGUGACACUCCCGGACAAGCAUCUGAAUGGCACCAUACCUCCAAGCUUUGCCACUCUCUCUGCUCUUGUUAAGUUGGAUUUGGCAAGAAAUAAUUUGAGUGGUUCAAUACCAGAGGCUCUGGCUACUCUCUCCAAUCUUAACUACCUGAAUUUGAUAGAUAAUGAUUUAAAUGGAUCGGUGCCAAUUGGUCUAUCUGAGAAACAGCAACGUGGAGAACUCAUUAUGAGGCAAGUUUCUUUUCUUUUGCAAAACAAAUCAGUAAUUAUGUUGUCGGUAUGAUAUGUUAAUUAUUUGUGUUAAAUUCUGUAGUGUCUAUGGCAACGAACUGCUUUGCCAAACAGGGAUUUGCAAGGAUGCCCACAAAAGACAGACAAGCAUAUCACUAGUUAAGUCAUAUUGCCCUUGACAUUUGCUCUUUACUUUUAGGUCUCAAUUUUUAUAGAAGGAAACAGAUGCUUAUUCACACUGAAAGGAGUAAAAUGCAGGGAAAACUGAAACAGGGCAUUUAGAUCUUGUCAAAUUGGAUGGAUGUCGAUCAUUAACUUAUGAAGAGGUAACAGGUAUGAC